UGGCGACGAUGUCCACGGGCGACGACACCGAGCGCUUCCUCGACAUGGCAAAGUCCCUCGGACUUGUCGAGGAGACGUCGUCAGGGCUGGCAUGCCCAGCGGCACUGCUUGAUAGCAAAGACGCGAUGGCGGAGAAAGUCAUGCAGCUGUCUGUCCAAUAUCGCUUCCAAUUGCGCCAGCGUCAUGUGGCGGACACUGUCAGCUACUCGUGCAAGUCGUUCCCGGAAUGCCCAUUCUUCGUGCGUGGCCGAGUACUCCAGUCGGGUCAAGUCAAGCUUAUCAAGUCGGAUUUCACGCACAACCACGCGUUGGGAGUCCAGAACCUGCCACGCAACUCGAGGAACUCGCUGCUGAACUCCCGAACUCUGGCACAGAGCGUCCUAAAUGCAGGCAUCGACUACGUAAACGCCUCGGCAUCGGACCUUCAACAGCACAUCAAGGCGGUGUUUGGCACCGACGUGUCGACUUCCCGCGUGUAUAAACUCAAGAAGGUUCUCGAGAGCGGCGUCAUGGGGAACGACGUAAACCAGUUUGUCAAGAUGUCGAGCGGCCCGCCCAUGAAGCGCAAGUUGAGCGAUGAAGACGAGUCGGAAGACGACGACGACGACGACGACGAUUAUCGACCGUUGCCGACGGACGUCGAGCGGGAGAAGGACAUGUUGAAGCGUCAGGAUCGCGAACAUCGAUGGGAAAUGGAACGGAGGCGCAUGCGCAUGCACGAAAUCACAAACAUGCGUCUGGAAAGCGAGGCCAAAGUGACCCGCCGAAUCCUUGAACUGCAGGCACAAGUGGCCGAGAUCCAGGCCAAAGUGGCCCACGCAAGGGCCCGUCACGAGCUGGUUCAAGUUGGCAUCGCACCGGACCAAGUUCAUAUGUUGCUGUAGCGAGAAAAAUGCCGUAGGAUAUCUAUGCGAAUUGUGUGGCGUCUUUGGGGCAGUCUGUCGAGGCCACGACGUGGCUGGAAGUUUCCAAUGCCACGGCGGUCAUGCU